AUGCCGCUCAAGUACUAUCGCUACGCGUUAGAAACCAAGUUGCGGGUGGUGGAUGCUGCACGCAACGACCGCAACUGGGAAAAGCUUGCUGCUGAGCUCGGUGUCAAGUUAAACACCGCACGAUACUGGGUUCGGCUGAAUGUUCACGGGGACGAGCCGACCGUCAAAAACCAUGUUGACGCUGCGUGCUUCACGAUGAAGCAGCUACACAAGGAACCGCAGUACAUGAACACGCCGCUGAACAAGGAGAAGCGCCGCGACUACUUGGUCAAGUUGCAAGAGUACCAAGCU